AGACACCAGGGGCAUUUCAUAACCCAAUCAAUGCUUUGUACAUAACACCAUUCAUGUUUUCCCGUGGGUGCACAGGCCACGGUGCAGGCACUUUCGGUCGCCGGGAAGAAGAAUCCCGAUUGCCGGAUCCCCAUAUGCCUCUGAAAUCCCCUCAUUUUCUUUAAAUUUAUGAUCAUUCUGUUUGGAGAGAGAAAGAGGAAGGAGAGAGAGGUGGGUGUGUUUGGAUAGAGAUUAUAGAAUGUUGUGUACAAUGAUUCACCGGAAAAGGAAGACCGGAAAAGUGCCGGUGUACCUGAAUGUAUACGAUCUGACUCCCAUCAAUGGCUAUGCUUACUGGCUUGGUCUCGGUGUUUACCACUCCGGUGUCCAAGUUCAUGGAGUAGAAUAUGCAUUUGGUGCACAUGAGCAUCCAACGACUGGGAUAUUUGAAGUGGAACCAAAGCAGUGCCCUGGUUUCACAUUCAGAAAAUCAAUCUUGAUUGGAAAAACGGAUAUGGAUCCAAAAGAUGUCCAUGCAUUCAUUGAAAAAUUAGCAGAGGAGUACUCGGGAAACACCUACAAUCUCAUCACUAAGAAUUGCAAUCACUUCUGCAACGAUGCGUGUCUUCGAUUGAUGGGGAGGCCAAUUCCUAGCUGGGUCAAUCGACUUGCCCGACUUGGUUUCCUCUGCAAUUGCGUUCUUCCGGCGGGUUUGAAUGAGACAAAGGUCCGCACUAUCAGAGCAGAAGAUAGAGCUUAUGAGAAGAAGAAGCUGAGAAGCCAUUCAAGUAGGUUUCUUUCUUCAUUGAACCCUCACCCUUUGUCAUCUCUUCCUUCAGAUUCUACAACCAGUGGUAGUAGAGAAAGAAGUGGCGUUCCUUCCUCUUCAUCUUUGAUUCACUCUACUUCACCCUCCACUAUGAAACUUUAGUAGCAGUUGGAUUUGGAAAGUACACAUGCUUGUAGAAUUGAGAAGAAAAAGUAACCAAAAGAAGGGGGGUAAAAGUGGGUAUUUCAAAUAUUUUCCUCAUCCUUUUUUCUCCUUUUUUUCUUUUGAGAAUCGAAGCAGAAAUAGCAGUUUGGAAAAUGUUGUAGUGUUUCUGUUUUUGUAGAGCUUUUUCCAUCUUCUAUUAAAUGAACAAUAUUCUUCUUCAAUGAGUUUGUCUAUCUAAAAAUUCUCAAAUUGAGAAGAGCUAGGAUAUAAAAUAUGAGGGGUGUAAUAUUAGAUAGAUGUUGUUCUUAAUUUUAUGUUUCAGUUUUGAUGGAUGAUUGUAGAUUAAAGGUUCUUUGAAAUUGGAUGGGGAUAGAAGAGAGUCGUGCU